AUCUCUACAUUGGGAAAAAACAUGGAGUCAGCUCCGGCAGCCCCCGACCCCGCCGCCAGCGAGCCGGGCAGCAGCGGCGCGGACGCGGCCGCCGGCUCCAGGGAGACCCCGCUGAACCAGGAAUCCGCCCGCAAGAGCGAGCUGCCCGCCCCGGUGCGCAGACAGAGCUAUUCCAGCACCAGCAGAGGUAUCUCAGUAACGAAGAAGACACAUACAUGGCAGGCAUGGUACAGAGCGCUUCCUUGCACAGCCUUGCCCAUGAGCUCGUCCCUGGCCUGGAGGGACCCACUCUAG